UGCUAAAUUUAAAAUGACGGUACUAUUCAUACGUCAUACUACACUAAAACCUAUGUAAGAGCAAUACAAAUGCAUUUAUUAGGAUUGUAGAUGAAUUCAUUUGAAUAUUUUAUUGGAUGACUUUAUUGGAUCUUACUUUAUCAAGCAUAUAAAAGAGGAUGUUUUAGAACUUCUGGUUACAGUUGCAGUUAUAGAAUGUGAAUAGUAAAAGGGGACUGUGUUAUACAAAAUUUUAGUUUAGUGUGAAUUUGAAUUUUGUUUGUAAAAAUCAGUUUUUAAUGGAUACGUUCAAUACAACAAUUCCUUGUUUUAUUGGAGCCAUGCCUUUAAACAUUUCCACCCUAGCAACUACUACUGGACCACAUUUUGCAAGGCAAUUGAUGCGUUUCAAUAAUCAAACAGUUGUUAGUAAAGUACCUGAAGAUAUAUUGCAUUUGAUUGAUCCAUAUUGGUAUCAGUUUCCGCCGUUGCAUCCAUUAUGGCAUAAAAUCUUAGGCUUAGUUAUGAUAAUAUUAGGUAUUAUAGGAUGGUGUGGAAAUGGUGUAGUGGUUUAUGUAUUUAUAAUGACACCCGCUCUAAGAACACCAAGUAAUCUUCUUGUAGUAAAUCUUGCUUUUUCCGAUUUCAUUAUGAUGGGUUUUAUGUGUCCUCCUAUGGUAAUUUGUUGUUUCUAUGAAACAUGGGUUCUUGGUACCUUAAUGUGUGAUAUUUAUGCAAUGGUUGGAUCAUUAUGUGGAUGUGCUUCUAUAUGGACCAUGACAGCUAUUGCUUUAGAUAGGUAUAAUGUUAUAGUGAAGGGAAUGUCUGGAACUCCACUUACCAUCAAAAGAGCUAUCGUUCAAAUUUUAGGUAUUUGGUCUUUUGGUUCAAUAUGGACAAUCUUACCUCUAGUAGGGUGGAAUAGAUAUGUUCCAGAGGGUAAUAUGACAGCAUGUGGAACAGAUUAUUUAACGCAAGAUUGGAGUUCUAAGUCAUACAUAUUGGUUUAUUCUGUUUUUGUUUAUUACACUCCAUUAUUUACCAUUAUUUACAGUUAUUACUUUAUUGUCUCAACUGUCGCAGCACAUGAAAAAGGGAUGAGAGAACAAGCAAAGAAAAUGAAUGUUGCUUCUUUGCGGUCUGGAGAAAAUCAAGGUGGUCCUAGUGCUGAAGCAAAAUUAGCAAAGGUAGCAUUAACGACGAUAUCGCUGUGGUUUAUGGCAUGGACACCGUAUCUCGUGAUCAAUUACAUUGGAAUAUUUAAUCGAUCUCUGAUUACACCCCUUUUUACCAUAUGGGGUUCACUUUUUGCAAAAGCGAAUGCGAUAUAUAAUCCGAUUGUUUAUGGAGUUAGUCAUCCAAAAUACAGAGCUGCGCUAAAGGAAAAGCUACCAUUUUUAGUAUGUGGUUCAACGGAAGAACAAGCCGCUGGAGGAGAGAAACCUUCGGAAGGUGGUGGAAACUCAUAAAACGAAGCAAAAAGUUAAAUGUCUUUCUAUUUUCUUGUAAAUAUGCAGAAUCUUUUGUAAAUUAAAUGUUAUUUGAAAAUUAAUUUAAGGAAGUGAUCGCACUUUUAUAGGGAUUAAUGAAAGGGAUACAGCUGCUUGCAGAAUUUAUUUAUUCUUAUAAAAUUAAGAUACAGAUGCUCCCUCCAUAUUUCAUAGUAAUGUGAUGUGCUUACUAAUCUAGUAAACAUAGAGCUGGUACCUGCUAUACCAAAGUGACCAUGUAUAUUGUUACGCAAUAAAUGUACAAAAU